AUUCACCUCACCCUGGAUCGGCGACGUCAGGGCGACACCUCGAUGUCAUGAAUCGACGCUGAACUUUUGUCUGCUGCGCUCAUUCCACCCUUAGAUGGGAGUCUUCAGCUAAACCCGCAUUUUUUCGAGCUGCGUGAAGCCGUUAAGCGAAUGGAUCUCGAACAGACGCAAGGUCGUGUCGUUGCUUGCAGCGGCUGUCAAACUUAUACGCGACGAUCAUGGAUGGAUCUGUCUGCAAUCAAGUCUCCAACAGUUUAUAAUUGUGUUUGCCCAUAUUGCUAAUCAACCCAUGUUAACCACUGUGGUCGACGGUGUGUCGACUUUGAGCCCACUCCAGGCCUUCCUCGUCCUCGCGUGCAUCCUCAUCGCCCUUCUUCUAUCGGCAUGCUAUACGAUCUCCAUAUACAGCUCCCCGAUCGCGCUACUUGCGUUUGGUUUUGGCGGGUAUUCGUUGCUACAGCGCCUCGCCACCGCGUGCGGUGUCCUGUCACCACAACCUCACGUCGGCAUCCAAGCUCCCGACGCCAUCCGCUUUGUCUGCAUUUCAGACACCCGCGGGAAACAUGACAGGGUGAAGCUUCCUCCGGGCGAUGUACUCCUUCAUGCUGGGAACUUCGUUUCGCACGGAUCGCAGGAAGAAGUCGCCAGAUUCAACACUUGGCUUGGGUCCCUUCCUUAUCGCCGAAAAAUUGUGAUCUCGGGCCAUCUGGAAACCCAGUGUCCCAUCUCGUGGGCCAAGAUCCUGACAAACUGCGACUACUUGGACCAUUCCAGCGUUUCUAUUGACGGCGUGUCCAUCUUUGGAUGCCCAUCCGUUGCCCCAGAUCGACUUCACCAGAUUCCUGCGCACACGGAUGUUGUCGUGACAAGCGCGGCUCCAUUUGGCAUCCUCGACAAAACGUUGGUCGACGGCACCCACGUCGGUGACGAAACCCUGCUCAAGCAAAUCCUGACGCGGAUUCGACCGAAACUGCACGUGUUCGGUAGCGUCCAAGAAGCGUACGGGAAGACAGUGAUGGGAACCACGACUUUCGUGAACGCAUCCGUCACCACGUACAUGCGUCAGCCCUCCAACGCCGCCUGGAUCAUCGACCUUCCCCGACGAAGUGCAAAACUUUCACCAACGUAACUUAUUACCAAAGUCGUGAACACCCAGG